GAGGUCAUUGUGCUCGCAGCGGGUCACACACAAGUCGUCCUCUUUGCCAAUGGAAAAGGCAUCGCUGAAAUGUAGCAGCAAGUAUGAACGGAUUCUCGUCCCAGUUUCGUGCGAGUGGAAAGAUCAUGAUGGGGAGGUUUGUGGCGUUCAGUUCAGUGACGUUUCUACCUUCUCCUCUCACGUAAGGAUACACCUUUCAGGUCCUGUGACUCCGGCGUUUUGCGCUUGGAAUGGAUGUGACUUUGCAUCUACAGACCAACAACUGAUUCUUCGGCAUAUUUUAUUCCACCCUUUCCACGCUUUUUUGAAAAUUCUCGGAGAGGAGUUUCAGGCCAAAUAUGAACUACCUGCGUGUCGGAUUGAUGAGCAAUACAAGAAUUUGGUUCCACCGACAUCAACUCCUUUGAAAUGCCAGUGGAAUGAUGGGCAGUGCAUGGCUGAAUUCGAUGGUGUUGGUGAUUUCUUUCUACAUACGCGGGAUCAUGUGAUGGGUAAUGACACAGGAUGCAGUCAAUGCAAGUGGAAAGGGUGUGUGUUUGAAGGAAAGGGAAAGUAUAAGCUGAUGGAACACUGUCGAAGUCAUACAGGUGAAAAGGUUAUAGCUUGUCCUGGAUGUGGAAGUGUUUUUGCAAGCAAUGCAAAAUUUAAAGACCACCUUGUGCGCCAAAGGAGUGUUUAUAACUCAACAUUCUCAUGUUCGAUAUGUUUUCGUGCAUACCAAAAUGAACGGCUUCUUAGAGAGCAUGUAAGAAGACACAUUAACACUGUGAAAUGUCCUUACUGUGAUCUGACAUGCAAUGGACCGUCUAGACUACAACACCAUAUUACAUUCCGGCACAAUAAUGACACUCCACAGCAAUGCCCUAUUUGUCAGAAGAGUUUCAAAACUUUACAUUGUUUGAGUGAACACCUUCAAACACACAGUCAAAAAACUUUUUUAUGUUCAAUGAGUGGAUGCAAGUAUGCAGGAAAGACUCUAAAAUCGUGGCAAAAUCAUGUCAAGAAAAGUUCACAUGCAAGAACAAAAACAAUAUUGCUGUCAUAUUUGUGGUGUUUGCUUUGUUGAGGGACUGAAAUUGAGCACACACUUAAAACAAAUUCAUGGAUUUCGCCUUCCACCUGGCCAUUCUAGAUUCAGGUAUGUUACCGGGUCAGAUGGAUAUAAAAGGCUACAAAC